GCCUGAGUCGCUGCCUGAUCCUGAUCCAGAGCCUGAGCGAGAGCUGACGGACCCCGAGGCGCUGGAGUUUCCACCGUCCGACUCGUCGCUGCUCUCCACCACCUUCUUAGCCAUCGAUGCGCACUCUGACCUUCACUCCUGCGACUACACCUACACAGCAAGUUAACGACUGACGCUCUGGCUGAGCUUAGUGGGAUGAGACUGAAAUGGAGUAUGCUUUACUUAGUUCAAGUACAAGCAGAGUGAUGGUCGAGUAUAGUGACACGUCGUUGGAGCGAGGGAGUCCGCAUCCGAUGCGACCGGUCAUUCAGCAAGGCGGCUAUGAGCAAGCUGCGCUACUCCGUGGCGGCGUGCACGAGCGAGGAUCCGGCGUUCCCGGCGUCCGAGCUAGACGAACAUGCGGACAACAGUCAAGGCUACAUGACGGCCAAGAACUGCCCAUACCCGCAAGAGCUAGUGCUGCAGCUUGACGAUGGCCUCUGUCGACUAACUCAAGUGCAGUUGCUAUCUCACCAGAGCCACAUCGCCACUAAAAUGGAGCUCUUUGUGUCGAAGAACCUUUCGUUUGAGGGAGACGCUACUAGGUUCAGCCGUCUAGGAUUUCUGACGCUCAAGGCCAACACCGAGAGCAGAUACAUGGCCAGAGAGCUCAAAACUGUUCAUAUCGACCACGAGGCGGCACUAGUCAAGCUGCGCAUUCACGCAUGCCACGUGAACGAGCACAACCUGUACAACCAGGUUGGUAUCAUGGCUAUCAACUUGUGCGGGCAACCGCUCGGAAUGCUACCUAGCCACUCGACGGACGAAGUUGUGGAUGCUAGACCAAAACACAAGCAGAAGAGCAAUAGAUCUGGAGAUCAGAGCUACGACAUGAGGUUCGACGCCAAGACAGCGGCCAGGAUACGCGAGAUCCAAGUGGCUAAGGACCAAGCAGUGGCUAAUGAAGACUAUGAUCAAGCCAAGAGACUCAAGCAGAUGGAAGAGCAGUUAAAGAGUGUUGGUCUACAACUUGCUAGACUUGAGGCACAAAAGAGAGAAGCUGUGGCCAACGAGGACUACGAUCUGGCCAAGAAGAUCAAGCACGAGAUCGGUAUGUUGGAGGCCUCGGUCGGCAGUAACGAGUCGCAACCGAUCCUGCCGAUUCCACCGGUGGCGCCAUCGCCAUCAAGAAGUCAAGUGAUGCCCAGGAUUGGAGCAGUGCAGCGCUCAACGUCCAGUUUUUCACCUAGAGAUAUGUAUCCGGAAGAACUACAGGUUGUUAAGAGUGGAAGUGUUCAUGGAGACGGGAGUGGAUCACUUCAUCACUCACAACAAGGUGGGUUUCCUGGGAGUGAGCAGGGCCCAGCAAGUGGCGCUGAUGCAGACCAUGUAGAAAGAGAAGAUGGCGGUCCAAACCCGCACUUUAGAGGCAUUCCGGACGCUGAAAACUUGCCGGAUCCUGAAGAAAUCCCACCAGCUCUGGCCAAGGAGAGCGAGGAGCUGAUCGUUGUUAUUGGUCCGUUCUUCACUCGUUGCUUCUAUAGCAACCUGUGGAAUCAUCGCGACGCUACGAUUCGCAAGGUCACGAUGGAAAUGGACAAUUACUCCGUUGAGCCGAUGCGACUGCUGGAAGUGUGCUCUACCCUCGCACAAAGUGGAGCAGGUGACCGCAUCGCUCAAGUCGCACUGUCGGCUUUUGCAUUGCUGGAUCGAAUGGUUUCUUUUGGCUCGCGUAUUCGCCGCGAUGAUAUGUGUCGGAUCCUCGGCAAUAGCAUGACUCAGCUGGUGACCAAGCUCGGAGAAUCGCAGGCCAAGGUUCGAGAUGAAGCUGCGGCUGUGUUUGGACGACUAGCUGCCGCAAAAAACGUCGGCGUUGCAUUUGUGACCUCACACCUCACAAAACGCUCCAAGAAGCCGCUUGGACUUAAGCUUUUGCUGGGUCGGUUGCUUGUGCUGAAGAAACUUCUCGCAGAAUUCGAGCUGCAAUCUGAUACCGACUUCUCGGUUUCUGGCAUCAUGGGCUUCCUCGAAGACUGCAACUGCCUGGCACAUCAGAGUCGAGAGAUCCGUGACGCCGCCAAGGAGAUCACUGUGUCACUGUAUCUCGUCGUAGGCGCCGAUGUCGAAGGCUACUUGAAGUCACUCCGACCAAAGCAGUUGGAAGAGUAUCAAACGGCGUUUGAAGCGGCAGAAACAGCAAAGGUUUCAAGCCGUCGUGGCGAUAGCAAUGGCACCAGUGUUGCUCGACGAGAGGAGAGAACCCAUGAGGUCCAAGCAAAGUUUGAGGGUGAAGGCGAGGACGCUGACAGUGAAGACGAGGAGUCUGUGGACGAGUACACCUGUCCAUUCUGUGGUGUCGUGGACGAGAAGUUUGACUCGGACUAUCUCGAUCAGCACUUCUGGGCUUCUUGUAAAAUGCUGACGCCCUGCAAGAUGUGCGGUCAAGUGAUCGAGAUCUCGACACUGAAUGAACAUCUGCUGACUGAGUGCGAGAUGCAACAGAAUCAUCGCGAAUGUCCGCGAUGCGGUGAAGCGAUCACUGCCAAAUUCUACGAGCGACACGUGUCUCUUGAUGAUUGUCCACCUCGUGCACCGUUAAAUCGUGCUAGCCGAUGUCCACUGUGUCACGAUGAUAUCUCCCCUGGGAAGAAAGGCUGGAGACGUCACUUGCUAGAAGAAGGCUGUCCAAAUAACCCACGAAGCUAGAAAGUGUGGCGUUAGAAGACGUCAAAUUAUGAACGAGAAUGUGAAGAACGCGCUGCUUUACUGUUCGGCGUGGUUUAAUGUUUCGAGCGUCACGAUAAGAUAUGAACUUGGUACAAACUUCGUGGUCACAGUGGGAUGAACUGGACCUAGUUGGUGGUGUCGUUGUUGCUGAGGCUCGUACCAAAGUCGAAGGGGACAUUGUGUUCACGUCUGAUCGAGUUGAUGUUGAUCUCCAGUACAUGUCGUUGAUGGAACCUCAGGCGGGUGACUCCGGUGACUGCAACAGCAGCGAUCUCACCUUCAUGUUGCACCUUCGCGGAGCUCACACCAACGAACUUCCAGUAGCAGAGUCGUUCGUAGACACCAGCUCCGAGAUCAUGCUCAUCCAUUCGAUACAGCCUCAGGUCGACGUUCUGUAGGCCGUCGAUAACCAAUCGCCAUUGCUCAAAGAGCGAGGCUUGAGGAGCUGAUAGAUCACUCGAAAGUGAAGUCGAGACAUCCUUAUCAUGAGAACGGCGGAGUCGCUUGUAUCGCCUCGUCGGUGGAUCGACAGCUUCUUCGCUGUCUUGUGUGGCGUCCGUAGUGGCAAGGACGUCGUAUUGGUCGCUGCCAGCAUCGACCCACCCGGAAUACUCGUGAUCGACCAGUGCGUAGUGCAGGCUUCUCGCUGCGAGCUCACGAAAGAGUUCAACUUUACGGUCGCUGUGCUCGCCGUCUUGGUCGUCAAUAACGCCGAGCUUGUGUGCGAGCUGCGUGAGAUACUGAUGGCGCUCUUGACGCUCACGAGCUAAAACUUCCAGCUCGUGUUGCUGAAGCUUGCGCUUAAGUCGCGUCUUGCGGCAAGACACGCGGUUCCGAAGACGGCGCUGGAUCAUUGGAUAGUCUGGGUUCGGGUUUGUAUCCCCCUUCUUGGCAGAGGUGUCGAUCUCGACGGAUUGCGCUGCAUUUAGGAGCUCCGUGAACGUCGUGAUCGGCGUCUGGAGGCAGUCAAACCCCGCGAUCUCGUUGCCUGGGGACAGGGUGAUGUGAGGACGCUCCACGGAGAGUUGAUAUAUGUCUGCCAUUGCUGCUGUGGAGAGCUACUUCGACCUUGUCGUAACUUGGUCUAGGGGCUUGCUGUCAAUUUCGAGUCUGCACCUUCGCCGCUCGCACCUUCGCCGCUCGCACCUUCGCUGUGUUGGCACGCUGCAGUGAUCGAGAGAGCGUUUGCAAGAGAAGUUUUCCCAUCAAGCAGAGACGGACUUUCUCAAGCUGGAGUGGCCACGAAAAUCCUCACCCGUGUGGGACAUUGUUCGUGCUACCUGUCCUAGCUGUACAUUUCUGGCUGUGCCUAUGCCGUGAUCACACCCGUCUCGGGUUACGAUGGAUCGAGAUUGCAUACCACAGAGUAGUUGUUUACCUGAAAUAAUUGAUACUUGAUCUGUUGUGUCGAACGGCAGUGUACAAUGGUCUCGUUAUCUUCUUCCCAAUUCCAUCGAAGGCCU